AUGACAGUAACAGGACCUGUAAAUUUAUCUGCUGAACAUUUGCAGCAUUUAAACGAAAAGCUUCAGAAAUUAUCGCCAGAAGACAUCAUUAAAUGGGCUUAUGUUACUUUUCCAAACUUAUAUCAAACCACUGCAUUUGGAUUAACCGGAUUAGUUACUAUAGAUAUGAUCUCGAAGUUAAAACCUGAAGAGGGUCAUUUGAUAGACCUUAUUUUCAUUGACACUUUGCAUCAUUUCCCUCAAACUUAUGAUUUGAUUAACAACGUAAGCAAGAAAUAUAACUCUAAGAUCCACACAUUCAAGCCGUUAAACGUCGAGACAGAAGCUGAAUUCUCCCAGAGAUACGGCGAUCAAUUAUGGGAGACAAAUGACUCGUAUUAUGAUUUCUUGGUGAAGGUGGAACCUUCCCAAAGAGCAUAUAAAGAAUUGCAAGUCGUGGCCGUGUUAACAGGUAGAAGAAAGUCCCAAGGUGGAGCUCGUGGUACAUUGCCUGUUAUUGAGAUUGAAGAAUCAAGUGGUACUAUCAAGAUUAACCCAUUAUGUAACUGGGACUUCAAUCAGGUUAAGAGCUACAUCGACGAACAUAAUGUGCCAUAUAAUGAAUUAUUGGACUUAGGCUAUAAAUCUAUUGGUGACUGGCACUCGACUGUUCCCGUUGCGGAAGGUGAAGAUGAGAGAAGUGGUAGAUGGAAGGGAAAAGCCAAGACUGAAUGUGGGAUUCACGAAACUAGCAAGUUUGCGCAGUAUUUACAAUCGACUGAGAAUUCUACUGCUAACAAUUAG